AAAGUCGCGUUUAGAUGGAUUUACCGUAUUGUUGUGCAUACUUGUUGUAUAGUGACAGCCUUAUAAAUGUUGAAAUCAAACAAGUUUGAUAAAAAAAAAGUUGUCGUGCGCGCCAUAUAGAAGAACAAGGAGUGCAGCAUGUCGCUUCUGGUCUAUACAGAGGUAAUGAAGUGAAUUGCGUCAGUGGCGCAUGCAGGGCAGGCUUGAAAUACGCCUGAUCUGACCAGGCGGAUGAAAGUAGAGGCGCACUGUGGGGAGAGAGGAAAAAGUUCUCAACAGGGAGAGGCAGGACUACUCUUACGGAGCCCCUGCAGUCUCACUUUUUAUGCCUCUAAAACCCUUUUCUUGCUAUCCUUUUGCAUUUUUGCCCUGCAACGCUGCUUUUACGUUUCCGAGAGAGAAAUACUACUUUUUUUUUUUGUUACUUAAGUGAAAGCACCAGCAGCACCAUGGAGCUGCUCUGCCUCGAAAUGGACACCAUCAUACGAGCUCGUCCCGAUCCAAACCUCCUGUGCGAUGACAGAGUCCUGCAGAGCUUGUUGACCAUAGAGGAGAGAUUUCUACCCCAAUAUUCCUAUUUCAAAGGUGUCCAGAAAGAUAUCCAGCCGUUUAUGAGGAGGAUGGUCGCUACUUGGAUGUUGGAGGUCUGUGAGGAGCAGAAGUGCGAGGAAGAAGUUUUUCCCUUGGCCAUGAACUACUUAGACAGAUUUUUAGCCGUGGUACCCACCAAAAAGUGUAACCUGCAGCUGCUGGGAGCAGUGUGCAUGUUUCUUGCAUCCAAAUUGAAAGAAACUCGUCCAUUAACUGCAGAGAAGCUUUGCAUCUACACAGAUAACUCCAUCAGACCACAAGAGCUGCUGGAGUGGGAACUGGUGGUGUUGGGGAAGUUGAAGUGGAACUUGGCAGCAGUAACGCCAAACGACUUCAUCGAGCACAUUGUGAGGAGGCUGCCGCUGCCCGAGGAUAAGCUCGUACUUAUACGCAAACACGUCCAGACCUUCAUCGCCCUCUGUGCCACAGAUUUCAGAUUUGCCAUGUACCCUCCCUCCAUGAUUGCCACAGGAAGUGUGGGGGCAGCGAUCUGCGGCCUACAGCUGGAUUCAGCUGACCAGUCACAGUGGGGCGACAGUCUGACAGACCUGCUGGCUAAAAUCACAAACACAGAAGUGGAUGUUCUCAAAGAGUGCCAGGAGCAGAUUGAGCGUGUGUUGGUGAGCAGCCUGCGUGAGGGGCGGCAGCAGCAACAGCAGCAGCAGCAGACACAGAGAGGCCCCAGCGGGAAAGCCCUGGACGAGCUGGAUCAAUCCUCCACCCCGACAGACGUCCGCGAUGUCAACUUGUGAACCACCAGAGGGCGUCAUUGCACAGGAUUUACAACAACAACAAAAAGCAUCAUGAAAAAAACCCUCAAUUUUCUUAAAAGCUGAAAAAAAGAUCAAAAGAACAAUUUUUUCUUGUUUUUUUAAACACAAGCCCUUUAAGAGAAAAAGAACAAUGCUUGCUAGUUAUUUUUUGUUUUUUUUUGUAGAUUUUCUGUUCUUCAAGUCAAAAACACCUGCCCACGAAAUAGAUUUUCCAUGAUGUUCUAGUCUAAAAGCAACACAUUUGAUACAAGAUGAAGCUCUGUGGCCUUGGAUAUACAGAAGGGAAGCCAAUCAUAUUUGCAUUCUGCCUUUGAUUGUAUAGUAUGGUCUUUAAGUUAUAUUGUAACCAUAGCUUGAUAAUGAGGCUGUUAUGGUAGAAGUUGUGGAAACCAUUCAGAAAUUACAUGGGAUCACGGUGGGGCGUAAGUUUUUUUUUCUCUCUGUUUUGUUUUAUAUGAGUAUUAUCACUAUUACAUUUGUGGCUGGUGUAUGAGAGGACAUCAGAAGUUCCACAUGAGACAGACAGAAGAAGCCGUGAGAACAUUAUGCUAAGCGUUGGUGGGUCCCAAUUCCAUGGAAGAGACGGGAUGAUAAUAAUUAGCAGUAGUAUUAGUAAUUAUUAUUAUUAUUAAUAUUAUUAUUGGAAAUAUUUUGGAACUGAGUAGUAGAAAUCAAUAAGCUCCUUUUGUCAGGCUGCUUGUGUGUGUCAGUUUGUGUGUGCAGCGUGUGUGUUUGUAUGUGUGUAUGCCAGUUUGUGUGUGUGUGUGUGUGUGUGUGUGUGUGUGUGUGUGUGUGUGUGUGUGAAUGCUACAUGUGAUCCUGUAUCUAUAUUAGCAUUGAGCAUUCUAUGGCGUGAGGCACUUGAGCAAAGUCGUUGACUUUACGGUUCUAUGUUAAAAGACUAUGGUGCAAGCGGAGGCUACACAUACUUUGUCCAUCAGUAUAACAGGGCAUCUAUGCUACAUCACUGCCUUCAUGCAUUAACUAUGUAUCAUGGUUUGUUGUUGGCCAACAAUAAACUCAUGUGCAUGCACUAUGAGUGAGACAGAAAAACAGAAAAAGGAGGAUAUGGGCGACGGGACUUUCACUUAGAGCCCCUUAUCUUUCUAAGAGCAUUUUUCCUCACAUGAGGUGUUAGUUUCUUACUGCCAUUCUGUUAAUGAAAUAUAACAGAUCCUUCAUUCUUUUUCAUGUUGUUACAAUAUGGUGUUUCCUUAGUUGUGAAAGGCUGCUUUUGAGUAGUAAUGACCUCCCACGUGUGUGCGGCACAUGUGAAAACAGGAGAGGACGAUGUCUUGAAGAAGGUUACUCUAUGCUUUUUAAAGUCUGGAGGACGUUUUAGACUCCUCUAUAUUAAUUAGCAGGGGGGAUGGGGUGUGGCGUGGAAAGAGUUAGAAAGAGAGGGACAGUUUGCAACUAAGAAGUCACUGUGGAACUGUGGAAGGCACACGAGUGCACUGCACAGGAUGGUAGGACAGAGAGGAUUUGAGUGGUGCAGGAGCAUGCUGCUGUGUGGAGGAUUUACAGCCAGUGGCUGAAGAUGAUGGUGAACAAAAGAUGCCCAAAAGGCCUCACUAUUAAACUUUGAUAUCUGCAUAUUUUGGAUGGAAUCAACAUUAAUUUCUCAUAAUGGAUGUCUACAAUGACACAGCUUAGUGAAUAAGUGGAAAUUUAAUGAGGAACUAAGACUGUACUCUGCCAGAUCAUGUGAGGAUGAACUUUCAUGGGGGGUUAGAGGAGUACAGGAUGAUAAUAUACUGUCAAUGCAUCUGGAGUCCCACAUAGGGUUGCUUUCAGCUCCCCUAUAUGAUUUCAAUGGCAAAGCACUUUGAGAACAUGCUCCCCAGGAGAUAAGUAAAAUGAAAUGCGUUGGGUGAUGAUUGGAGGUGAAUGGAUGUUUUCUUUUUUUUCCUUGUUAGCCUUUUCUUUGGUUUACUUUGUAGGGCUGGUUUCCCAAUCGUCAGACAUACCCUUGUCAAGCAAGAGUCAAAUUAAAAAGGCCUUCAAUAACUUGCAAUGAGAGGACAUUCCAAUAAAAUAAAAUAAAUAAAAAUAAAAAAACAUUCCUAUUGAAGCAAAGUGCAAGUUGAUGGGGAGUCUGACCGUUUCAUAGAAAUUUGAACACAUACAAAACGCCAAUAUGAAUUGGAAAAUGCUUACACACAGAGUUCACUGAUCCAUGUGUUCUGUUUGAUUUUAUUUUACUGUCAAGAAAUGAAAUAUUUGUUUUUACUUGAAUUUUUCUUCAUAUUUAUCUGCAUCACAGCCACAGAUAGUCACACAGGGCAGCAAUGAGCUACAAGAGAGGGUGGUCGUAACAUCCAAUAUUUGCACACGUUCUUCAGAGGGCAAUGAGGUUUGCAUUUUUAAGACGGAGCAGAGGCUUUGUUCGAAACCACAUGAACUGUGUGUGUUGCAGUGUCUUUUCUAUGGUGCUGGCUUGUGUAGUUCAGGCCGAUUGUCUGUCAGUGAACACAUUUGUCCCCUGUGAGCUUUGCUGCUUCAAAUCAUUGGCAAGGGGGUUCAUCAGCCAAACAGACAUCAGCACAAAACAAGAGACGGAUGAUUUUUAUUUUAUUUUUUUAAUGGGACACAUGGCUUUGCCACAGCUAGGUGUCUUUGACUUAAUGCUUGAGUUUUUUCAUGAUGGUAUGUGAUUUUGCUCAGUGUAUGCUUGUCAGACUGAAGAAAAAUGUGGGGAUCUAAUGUUUAAGUGAUGUUUUUCAGUAAAACUGGGCAAUUCAAUGACAUAUUUGCCGAAACAUCCCCUUUUAAUAUUUGAUAUGACCUCUUCAUUUUGCCUCUGUUUGCCUGAUGUAAGCUCUCUCCCAAACGUAAUGGUUGUGGUUUUUCUUUCCUGCAAUUUAUUGUUGCAUGUGUUAUAUAUUGAGACCACCUUUUCAAUUUGUGUUUGAUAUAUUUUAUGGGGUGACCAGACCCGCAAAAGGGUUUUUCUAAGAUUUAGAGAUACUGUAUUCCAAAGUGAAGAGAGGACAGAGGAGGAGGUGUGAAGACAUCAAGAAAAAAAGUGUCAAUAUUUUUAUUGAGUUAUUGUUGUCUUUUUGCGCUGCUAAAAGCUAUGAAUUUGUUUCAUUUAUACAAAAAAAAUAACAUUACCUAGUUGUGAUGUGUCACUUGAGUGUGCUGCUAUUUUAUAAACAUUUGUAUUAUAAUAUAAUUAUUUUACUGCUUAAGAGAUACAUUCAGAAAAACGAAGUAGAUGGUGAUAGAAGAACAUGAAAUGAGUAUUCGACUGGAAAUGUUCUUUGUACAGUUUGACAGUUUGCUUAGAUAGCAUGUCUCCUUUUCCCCUUUUUUUUUUAUCUAUUUUGCUCUCCUUAUUCAGUCACAUUGUGCGUCAGUGGUAUUUCCUAUACCUCAGGAUUACUGGACAAAAUAAAUCACAAACAAAUCCAUCACCUAUACAUCUGCAGUUAGGUAGCCUGGAACGGAGCAGAAAAAUACAGUGGGGGUGGGGAGGGGGAAGCAACGACAAAUUAGCAUUUUUGUGGAUGAUUUUCACUGUUAGCGGGGAAACAACUCCGCUCAGUGAGAAGAGAAACAGGAAAUAUUGCGAAGUUUCCACUUGGACUCAACCUAUAUUGGAGGGGGCGGGCACAACAACAUUGCAACAUUUCUUGGGAAGUGUUAUCCGUAGAUAGUUCAAGCAUGUUCAUAUCUGUUCAUGUCGGUGCUACAUCUGCCUUGUUGUGUGAGAGGGAAAAACUGCAUUCCUAUGAUGGCCAAAGUACAGUUCUUACUUUACACAACCACAAUGACUCUGAAUGUCAGUAAUUAUGGAUUCUGUAUGUGAGAAAGAUAUGUUUUGGUCUGAAAUAUUGGGUGUGCGCACCAUUGUAACUGCCACAUAAGAAUGGGUUGAGUUACACCUGUCAUGUCCAACCAUAAAUAUUCUGAUAUCUGGAAGUUUCAAUGGUGCAGAUUUCCCUUUAAGUCCCCCCCCCUCCACUAUAACUCAUAUCAUGUACCUCAAAUGUCUGUUGCACAACCUCUGUUCAAUAAACUUCUGCUUUAAAGGGUGUGACACCACAUCAGCUCACUAUU